AUGUCGUCGGCGUCCACCGGCGGGGCGCCUCCUCCUAGGGACGCGACGCUGGGCCGGCACAUUGCGCGGUGCCUGGUGCAGGUGGGCGUGAGCGACGUGUUCGCCGUGCCUGGGGACUUCAACCUGACGCUGCUGGACCACCUGAUCGCGGAGCCCGGCCUCCGCGUCGUCGGCAGCUGCAACGAGCUCAACGCCGGGUACGCCGCCGACGGGUACGCGCGCGCCCGCGGCGUGGGCGCCUGCGCCGUCACCUUCACCGUGGGCGGGCUCAGCGUGCUCAACGCCAUCGCCGGCGCCUACAGCGAGAACCUGCCCAUGGUGUGCGUGGUGGGCGGGCCCAACUCCAACGACUACGGCACCAACCGCAUCCUCCACCACACCAUCGGCCUCCCGGACUUCUCACAGGAGCUCCGGCGGUGCUUCCAGGCCGUCACCUGCCACCAGGCCGUCGUCAACAACCUGGAGGACGCGCACGAGCAGAUCGUCAGGGCCAUCUCCACGGCGCUCAGGGAGAGCAAGCCCGUGUACAUCAGCGUCAGCUGCAACCUGCCGGGACUGCCGCACCCGACGUUCGCGACAGACCCAGUGCCAUACCUCCUGGCGCCAAGGCCGAGCAACCUGAUGGGUCUCGAGGCCGCCGUCGAGGCCACCGUUGCGUUCCUCGACAAGGCCGUGAAGCCGGUGAUGGUGGCCGGCCCCAAGAUCCAUGUGGCCAAGGCUGGCGACGCCUCCGUGGAGCUGGCAGAGGCCAGCGGGAGCUCGGUGCAGCUGCGCUGUCGGGAGAGAGCGAGGCCGGCCGACGUGCAUGCAUGCGUUGAGCAGGAAGGAUUGGCCAUGGCAACAUGGGCUGAUGAGUGUGCGUGA